CCCGUCGACAAUACUCAUGCUAUCCAAAGGCCAUGGUCCACUAGCCUUUGUGAUUGUUGCGACGAUUGUAACAGUUGUUGCUUGACUUGUUGGUGUCCAUGUGUAACAUUUGGUCAAAUUGCAGAAAUGGUUGACAAAAGAUGUACCUCAUGUGGAGUGAGCGGAGCACUUUACAUGUUGAUACUGUGCGUGACGGGUUGCUCCUGUUUGUACUCAUGCUUUUAUCGAUCCAAGUUGAGAGGGCAAUAUUUCCUGAAGGAGAGCCCUUGCACCGAUUGUUGUAUCCAUUGUUGCUGUGAAGAAUGUGCACUGUGCCAAGAGUACAUAGAGCUCAAAAAUUACGGUUUCGACAUGUCGAUAGGGUGGCAUGGAAACAUGGAAAGGAAGAAACGAAUGGCUGCUUUGCCUCCAUCAAUACAAGUCAGCAUGUUUCGAUAG